UGUUACCGUCGCCAUUUGCUGUUUCAUUUCUGCGCUUUACAUUGCUUUACAUUCCAGUGAUUGUAACAAGAAAUAUCAGCAAACGAGAGACAUGUCCUCUGCGAGUGGAGACGAGGCCGAUAUCGCGUUGGCCGAACCGGUGAGGCGCACCAGAUCGGGUCGAACACGUAAAACAACCGUGGUGGCCAAAAAAGGAAGAAACUCCUCGCCCGUGAAGAAACUCCUCGCCAGGGCCCCGCGUUCCCCGAAGAACGUCCCCGAGAUCGAGGAGACUGAGGAAGAAACAUCUAUAUUAGAAAGUAGCAUAGUGGAAAAUAUGGCUGAGAACGGAGUUCAACGGUUAACAGAUAUUAAUGAGCAUCAUGAUGAAGAAGACACUCCUGUGUUACGCUUGGAGCUGGAAGAUUCUGAAAACACUAAUAUACAUGAGUUAAAUAUUGGUCAAAGUGAAGAGAUCGAGCAAAAUGUAGAAGAAAUGGAACAUUCCAAUAUCAGAUCAGAAGGUAUGAUAGUGAAAAAAAGUAGUAUGGAUAAAGUGGAAACGCUAGUCGAGCAUAGUCCGAUUGAGGUAGAAGAGCAAGAUAUUAGCAAUGAUGAUUCUAAUCAGCAACGUGAGCUUAUUAAAUUUCAAGAAGUGAUUAAUGAAGACGGCACUACAAUGACAUAUGAGAUAUUAGAAUCAGAAGAAGUUGAAACAGAAAGUAUUCCCGCGCACGCCGCAACCGGAAUUGAAGUCAUGGAAAUUGACAAUUCACAACAAGGAAUGUCGGUAGUCAUGGAUACAGUGAUAGGCAAGGUAGAAACUGAUAUAGAAGUAUCACAGAGCGGUGAUUCUGUGCCUCGUAUAGAGAUAACCGAGACGAACGAGAACGAGGUGGAAUCUGCGAACGAGAACGAGAUGGAAUCUGCGACCGAGGAAGACGUGAAGAAAAUCGAACCAGAUACGGAGGCUGUGUCGGAGGAUGAGUUGCCGAAUGAAGCCGCUAAGGAACCCGAAACUGAGGCAGUGUCUGAUGAGGAGUUGCCGGCCGCUGCUCCAGCGGAUUUGGGUGAAACUGAAUCCGUGUCCGAAGAUGAGUUACCACUGGAGAGCGAAAAGAAGCGGAAAGGUGUAACGAAAUCGAUGAGCAAAACGCCAGAUAAGAAGACUAAAUCGGAGAGCGGUAACAAACGCAAGUUAAACGCCGAAGGGGAAUACGAUCCUAGCUCUCCGACGUCCGAAAACAAUGAUGAGACACCCGCCAAGAAAGCUGCGUUGUCCACCGAACCAGAUGCAGCGGAGAAGCAAGAGACCAAACCAGCAUCACCCAAAAAGAAAACCUUGCCCGAACUAGAAAAAUAUUGGAAGGCCGUUAAUGAAGAUCCGUCCGACUUUACGGGUUGGACGUAUCUCUUACAGUACGUUGAUCAAGAAAACGACGCAGAAGCCGCACGCGAAGCUUACACCAAAUUCUUGGAGCGUUAUCCAUAUUGCUACGGCUACUGGAGAAAGUUCGCCGAUUACGAGAAGAAGAAAGGGAACCCCGAAAAUGUCCAAACGGUGUUCGAUCAAGGUCUGAAAGCUAUUUCGCUAAGCGUCGAUCUGUGGCUCCAUUACAUCAACCACUGUAAAACCGUCUAUGAAAAGGACGAGGAGAAGCUCCGGGAGCAGUACGAGAGAGCUAUACAAGCUUGUGGGCUUGAGUUCAGGUCAGAUCGUCUCUGGGAGAGCUACAUAAAAUGGGAACAGGAGGCGAAGCGCUUCAGCAGAGUGACGGCAUUGUACGAUCGCUUGCUCUCGACGCCUACGCUCGCCUACACUUCCCACUUCGACAACUUCCAGACUUUUGUCGAUAAUAACUUGCCAAAUCGUAUCUUGAGCGUGGACGAUUUCCUCGCGUUACGCGCCGAGGUAAAAGCCCUUCUCAAGUCGGACGACACCACUGCAACGUCUGCUUCCGAUGAUGCCCCGCCUGGUGAGGAACCGCCGCCCCAUGAAGUACCGCCGACCGAUGAGGAGACGCGUGCUAUUAGGGAGAAGAUCAUCAGCAGCAGACGCAAAAUGCACAAAGCGAACGUCAACGCGGUGGCCGCGCGAUGGUCGUACGAGGAGGGAAUAAAGAGGCCAUACUUCCAUGUGAAACCACUGGAGCGGUGUCAAUUGAAGAAUUGGAAGGAAUACCUUGAUUUCGAGAUCGAGCAGAAGGAUCAAAAUCGUAUUAUCAUCUUGUUCGAGAGAUGUCUCAUAGCUUGCGCGCUUUACGACGAAUUUUGGAUGCGAUUUGUGCGUUACCUGGAGUCGUUGAAGGGAGAUAAUACAGAAAAAAUCCGAGACGUGUACUCAAGAGCCUGUAUGGUGCACCACCCGAAAAAACCAAACUUGCACCUGCAGUGGGCUAUCUUUGAGGAAGGUCAGGAUAACUUUGAGAAGGCCGCCGCCAUAUUAGAGAAUAUUGACAGUGUGUUGCCAAAUAUGCUGCAAGUGGCAUACCGACGAAUAAACUUGGAACGUCGUCGCAACGAUUUAGAUAAAGCUUGUAUACUGUACGAAAAUUAUAUUAGCAAUAGCAAAAAUAGGACUAUUGCUAACAAUAUUGCUGUAAAAUAUGCACGUUUCCUCUGUAAAGUCAAGAAUGAUGUUGACAAGGCGAUUAAGGUGUUGAUGAAGGCUACAGACAAAGAUAAAGACAAUCCCAGAUUAUAUCUGCAAUUGAUAGAUUUAGGUAUGCAGCGGACGCCAGUCGACACCCAAGAAAUAGUAGGCUACAUGGACAUGUUCAUAGAGAGGGAACAUGCGGACCUCGAACAGAGAGUGUUAUUUGCGCAACGCAAGGUUGAGUUCCUAGAGGACUUUAGCCCAGACAUUCGGCAAGUGCUGAAAGCUCACGAACAGUUCCAGAAAUGUAUUAAGCAAGCAAAGGAGCGGAAGAAGGCAAAGGGUGAUGAUAACAAAACUGAUUCCUCGCCUCCGAAGAAAGUGAAGACCGACCAGUCAAACGUGCCACCUCCGCCGUCCGUGGGAUCACAGUCUUCGUACCAGUAUAGCAGCAGCCCCAGCGGACCUUACCAAUCGCAGCAGCAGUUUCAGGGCGGUCAGUAUGGCGGUCAGGGUGGCUAUCAGCAAGGUUACCAGCAAUAUCCUCCGCCGUCAGAUCCUAAUUAUGCUAACUACCAAAAUUGGCAGUACGGCCAAGGUGGACCGCAAGCUUACGGACCUUACAAUCAGUGGGGAUCUUACAAUUAUUACUGAACGAUUACACAAUCGUUCCCCAAGAUCGACUACACAUGUUAAUUUUUGUCCAUUGUACAUUCUCUAGCGUUUUAUUCUGCCGAUUUCGAUGUCAUCGGAUGGAGGAGUUAAUAAGUUUAAGUAUUCGAAUGACACCUCGAUAUCCUGACAUUGAGAGCUUAUGUGUGUCGACCGUUGACGACGGUCCCUUUCUGUGUCGAUAUCUAAGGCUGUGUUCCGUACUCGCUGACAGUGUCGGUUCGAUAAAUUAUUGCUCAGCUAUGAUAUAAUUAUAUCACUUUACAAUUUUAUGAUAUGAUCAUAUCUAUGUAAUACGCGACAUGCACCGAAUCGACGGUUUAUUGGUAAGCGUGUACGGAAUGGCGGCCCUGAUGUACUGCAUGAAUAUAUAACCGCGUGUACCGAACAAACUGUGUACCGUUAGCAGAACUUGCUCUUUAUUUUGUUCGUUACAUGCACAUCACUGUAUAUUUCCUUUAAACAAGAUUGUCAACUUGAAGAUUGCAUCUUCGCGAUAGUAAUUUUCCCGUAAACGAAAGAAAAAAGUUAGAGCGAUUUGUUUGUAACACCAAAGAGAGAUUGGGAUCGACAAUGUUACAUCAAGUAAAAGUGUCCAUUCUUUAUGGAAAAAAUAAAAAUAAAUAAAAAUGAGUGGAAUCCUGCUACUGGUAUACAGAGAUUUUUUAGGAUCCUAUAUGUGUUCACUUCGAAACGUUACGAUGGAUGUGACUGUGAAUUCGUCACACAUCACUUCUACAAUUAAGAGUGGGGUUAAGUACAUUUUAGAAGAGCACAGUCCUGGCACAAUAAAUAGUCUUAAGCCUAUUUAAAGCUUAAGGCCUAUUAAUUCUAAACCUUGAAUAGCCUUAAAACUAAUUUUAAAUAUAUCUUUUCGUUUUUGAUGACAUUGUUAUGUAUUUUAGAAAAACAAUUUUGUUGAAACUAUUUUCUGCUAGUUUGUGUAUUAAUACUAGUAUGUCCUUUCUUUUGAAGUAAAAUACUAAUUACAUUUUGCAAUUAUUUCACUUAGUGUUUGAUCGCAAAAAAUUCUUUUAUAGAUAUAAUAAAAAAAUAUAUAUACGAAAAAAUUCACGAUUUUUGAAAAUAAUAGUAAUUUUAGUGAAAUGAUAUACUAGCUGUUAAAAAUUGAGCGAUAUUCGUGAAUAUACGUAUUGUACUUAAUCCUAUCUCUAUAUCCUCACGACCAUUAUAAUAAAUUAUAGAUUCCGUAAUAACUGUUGCAUAAUAUACACACAAUUCAAGAACUUGCUGUAACUUACGAUGUAUCGUAUCGCGCGUGUUGCAAGCGCAUUACAAAUACUAUAUAGGGCACUUUCAAAAUUGUACAAACUGCUGUCAACAUUGUUACUUAACCUCUGUGAAGAAAUUGUCAUCAUUCUACUUUUCUUCUUUAAAUUUCUUUCUUUUCUUUUGCGCGCGAAGCUACUAAUUACCUUUAUCAUAAAUAGUUCCGAGUAAACAAUGCAUAUCAGGAUAUAUUCUUCGUUAAUCAAUGAAAAACAUGUCUGUUAAUUUUAUUACUUAAAAUUUGUGAUCCUUCGAAGAGUAAAAUGAUUAUAUCUUGCGAUGGCUGCGUUUCCAGAAAAUAAACGUGAAUCUAAUUGCGA